UUAACAAAUGAGCUCUAACAGAAUUAUUUUUAUUAAUUGAAACUACGUCGUUGAGGGAAGCAAUCCUCUAUUCCCAACCCAAAGGCGAGCGAGGCCCCAAUUUCUCUGCGUAACAGAAAUCAAAAACAAAAAACCUCAACCAAAAUGGCGUCGACGGUGAAGUACGUGCGUGUGCCGCCGAACUCGGCGAGCUUGGCGGAGGCGCGGCAGCGCGUGUUCGAGUUCUUCAAGACCGCCUGCAGAUCCAUCCCCACCAUCAUGGACAUCUACACCCUUGACGACGUCACUUCUCCUUCCCAGCUCCGCUCCGUCAUCUCGUCCGAGAUCCGCAAGAAUGCUGGCGUCACUAACACCAAGGUCAUUGAUAUGCUUUUGUUCAAGGGAACAGAGGAAUUGAGCAACAUUGUUGAGCACGCGAAACAGCGGCACCACAUUCUUGGCCAAUAUGUUUUAGGUCGUGAUGGCUUAGCUCAAGAUCUCGAAACCAAGGAUCAGGGUGCGUCUAAUUUCCUGAAAAACUUCUAUAAGAGCAACUACUUCUGAUUUUUCCCCCCUUUUGGAUUGCUUGUUAUGAUCAAUGCUGGUUGAACCAGUAAUAAAGAGAACUUCGACUGUAUGUUGUCUUUAGCUUAUCUUGUUGGCCGACUAGUUAUCUUCCCCUUGUACUCCAUAAAAGGUGUUAUGUUGGAUCAAUUUCAUUGAAAUGCAUUUUGGCAGUGGUGAUUUUACUCAGAUUUCAUUAAAAAGUGUGUUACAUGUGUCUAUACUAAU